AUGGAUUCUCCGACAAGCCAGUAUGAUAAUGGCGCAUCGCCGACUUUACCCCUCGACACGUCUUUCCAGACCGCGUCCUUCCACACUGCAACCUCUAGUCCUACACCAUCGCAGCAAUUGGACGCGCAAGACAUAUCAAAAGAGAUAGAGCAACUGAGGCUUUACCAAGAUAAUAAACGUAUUUCCUUCACAACGCCUGUCGUGAAUACAUCCCCACUACACCUGCCGCCAGACAUAACACCAAGAGCCGACCAAGUUCAGCCGGAAAACCAACAAGGAUUUGUAUCUCACGGCCUCGGUAUAUCGCUUCCGCAGCCUACCGAUAACACCAACAUCGAUGACACGAUUACCAGCAUCGAUCCCGACAUCACAACUAAACUACAACCUGAUUCACCCGAUCGCACAAAUAACUCGGUUAAGUCCAAACCAGACGAUUUCAGCCUUUCGCACUUGUUCAUUAUCGCUAACCAUGAGUUCGACCCAAGUUCUUUACAAAACAAAGAAGAUGCCUCAAUCUGCUUACCAUUCAAAAAGAACGAUGUAGCAUUCGUACACGUCGUAGACGAGUCCGGAUGGGGUGAAGUUACACUUAUCAAGAACAAUGAAAGAGGCUGGGUGCCAUUCAACUACUUCCAAGAUACUGUACAUCCAACUACGGCUGCAUACCCAGCACCACAGUACUUGAAAUCGCGUUUACCACUGGAGUCAUUACUAUCUGCAUGUGCACAGUUUCUAACACAACAAGAUGGAUCGGAAAAGUUUAAACAUAAAUAUUUUAAUGAUAUAAGGGACGGCGUCAAAACCUUGCUAGAAUUAACUAAAUGUGUCUCGAGAUCAGAUGAACUUGUCAAAUCUGUAUCCCUAAUACGGAGAGCGAGAAAAGCUCUUCUGGCUGAUUGGUACGACCUUAUGAUGAAAGCUGACCACUACAAGAAAACCUCCCCCAGUGCAGAAAAUAUAACCACAUUAAUACAACUAACAAAUAAAGUCACCAACAAAGCAUUCACAUUUUACAACGCAUGGAGUACGCACCUAUCCACCGAUUCAAGUAAGCAUGAUUCCAGAUAUCAUAUAUUGAACAACCCAUCCGAUAAAAAAGAAGAACUUAUCUCUCAAAACAACUCUAUAGAGGCCAGUUCCAAAUCUACGGUAUCAAAUAAUCACGCCAACCAACCAACAGAGAACCAGAUAUCGGAGAAGGCCAACUCAACCACUUUAUUAGAACCACCCUUUGCAAUUGCAAGACUUACUGAAAUACAUAACUUAAUUUUUCAGUAUAUUGGCCUUAUACUAGGACGUCUGCAAAUGGUUACGAACAAUCCUGCAGGAUAUGAAACCUUAGAAUCGGUAAUACACCAGAUAAUUAUCAUUUUAAGAGAAUUACUCUAUAUCAGCAAGACAUGCGCAUACAUAAUGCAACAGAAAUUUCAAAAAGUUGAUCAAGACCCAUUUAACGAAGACUUGGACCAGUUGCUAUCAAUGGUAUCAGAUAUGGUUUCAACAAUAAAAGUGUUAGUGACUAUGUCACUAAAUACAUCUAUUCACAAAGAGGAUACUGCUACUAUUGAAGCCCAACAACAUAAGCUGAUUUCAAUUGUGGCAAGUAUGACCCCCUUAAUCAAUAACACAGUCCUGCAAUGCCAUAACUACCUUCGCUUAAUUGGUGACUUUAAGCUUGAAACCUCUAGAUCAUAUAUGGAUUUCCAAAAGAUUCGCAUAAAUCCUCAACAUCUGAUAAAUAGAAGUCAGACAACUUCAAAUAAUGACGUAUUUAAAUCUGAUUUCCAAAGAAAAUCCAUUGAUCUUUUUGCUAAUGAUAAGGAAAGAUAUAAAAGAGUUACUAGAUACAGUACUAUCACCCCCUUAAGAGAAGAUUUCUUUGAUGAUCAUAAUCUAAUUGAAGGCUCCCCAGAAAAAAAGUCAUUCGCCCGUGAUUCCGUAUUUCUCAAAUAUCAACCAACUGACUCAGAGGCUGAAAGCUCUGCAUUGGUGACAAAUUCAUCAGACAAGCUAAGUGAAGAAGACCUUAUUUACGAUAGCAAUAAUGAAUUAAUAACAGCUACCUGUCGUGGCUUGGUUUUUAAGCUCACUGAUGAACUAGACCAUCCAAGCAGCUUUUUUGUUUCAACAUUUCUUCUUAACUUUCGGUCAUUCAUGAAAUCAUAUGAACUGGUGACCGAACUAAUAAAUAGAUUUGAUUUAGCGGAUAUGGAAAAUAAACUUAGGGAUAAUAAACCCAAAGGCAAAUACUCUACCACGGCUUCUAAACUGAAAAACAGACGUAGAUUGAUCUGUUCCGUUUUUAAUGAAUGGAUGGAAAGUUACUGGGAUUACAAUACCGAUUUCGAAUGUAUAUCCACAAUGAUAAACUUUUUCAAUGAAGGGAUGGCUGAUUAUCUACCUAGAGAAUCAAAAAUGCUAAUACAAACGGCUGCAAAAUUGAUUUUAAAAUUCAACGAACUCAAAAAAAAUAGGCAGUUGACUACAACUUACUCCCAGUUGUGUCCAAUUAAUGUUUUAAAAAAUAAUGGCGGCUCGAUGAUUUCUCAAAUCUCGACUGUAACAACGGCUACAAAUAAAUCAAUACUAACUAUGGAUGAACGCUUAAUCGAUGAAUAUGAACUAACACAUAUACCACACCAAACAGAAGAUGACCUAGCGCUUCCAUUACCAGUGUUGAAUCUUGGUACAUUUUCUUUGAUAAGCAAAGAGAACACUGAGCAAAUUCAUAAUUUGGUAUACAAAUACAGAAAUUAUUUGAAUGAAAAGAAUUACGAUGAUUUUACAGACAAAACCUCAGAUGAGAUUUUGAAAAUCUGGUUUGAGCUGAAAAAUCACCACUUCUCUAACUCCGAUUUAUCCACUGCUGCUGAAUUCAGCUUAGUGAUUUUAAAUCCAUUAGAAGUAGCGAAACAAUUAACUAUCCUUGAAUCACUUCUUUUCAUGAGAUUAACGCCAUUCGAUAUAGUGAACUAUAAAGCAAAUUCUACAAUAACAUCAUCAAAUGUCGCUGCCAUUACAUCAUUCACAAACCAACUUUCACAAUAUGUGAUGAACGGUAUUUUAACACCUAGAAUUAACGAUGCUACAAGAACAACAAUCUUGAAAGCCUGGUUAAGAAUUGCACUAUCAGCCCUUUAUUUGAGAAAUUUUAAUUCUGUGGCUUCUAUUAUGACAGCCAUCCAAAAUCAUUCUAUUACACGUUUGACUGGUGUAUGGCAACAACUAUCGCGAAAGGACACUCUUCUAUAUGAGUAUUUAUCAAGAAUAAUUCAUCCUAAUCAUAAUUUCAAAGUCUACAGGCAAAAGUUGAAAAAAAUCAUUGACGAUUCAUCACAAGGCUCUAUUAUUCCAGUGAAAUCGCAUGUGCCUGUCGUACCUUUUUUCAAUCUGUUCUUACAGGAUAUAACGUUCAUACACGAGGGUAAUUCGACGUUCAGAAAUCCUGACUCAUUCAGACCAAAUAAGCCAAUCAAUGUGGAUAAGUUCUACAGAAUUACUAAAAUUGUAACAACUAUGCAAUUUUUCCAAGUCGGAUAUAAUACGAACAGUAGUGAGGAUGCACCAAAAAGGGAGUCGUUUUUUAGAUUGACAGAAGAAAUGGGUUUGGAUACCAAAAAUAUAGCGAGUGUACCGCUCCUACAAGAGCUUAUUGUUUAUGAGCUAUGGAAGGUCAAUAAUGUCUUUUCUAUCGAUUCUGACAGAGCUUACCAAUUGAGCUUACAAAUACAACCAAGAAACUAA